AAGGUAAGUCUCACGCACGGGCGGACUGACAACUCAUGGGGCCCCCGGGCAAUAGGGGAUCAUGGGGCCCCUGUGUCCUUGCCCAAACUCAAAAAAGCCUAUGAAAAAGGUACCAGGGGCAUCUCAUGGGGCCCCCUACUGACCCCGGGCCCUCGGGCAGUGCCCGAGUUUCCAAAUGGUCAGUCCGCCCCUGGUCUCAUGAUUUCAAAAUCGGCUUUGAUGUGACCGGGGUGUUAACUGACAAAUGCGCAGUCAUGCAACGCUGUACAUAAAUGAAAUUUAUAAACAAUCAGUAACUGACAUAUUUAUUUUAUUUUCUAUU